UACAUUUUUAGCACCAAAAAGAAAUGGCUAUUUCCUUCAACAAUUGUUCCACUUUUAUGAUAUUCAUGAUUUUGCUUCUGCCUGCACUUUGCUUUGGUACUGAAAACUAUUAUUAUUCUAAAGCUACCUAUUAUAAGACCUCUGAUGGCAAAGGAACACCUACUGGAGCUUGUGGUUAUGGAGAGUAUGGCAGAUAUGUCAAUGAUGGGCUCGUUACCACCGCAUCAUGGAAGCUCUAUAAGAAUGGAGCUGGCUGUGGUGCAUGCUAUCAGGUGAGGUGCAAGGACAAGGCAUUAUGUAGUGACAUAGGAGUUAAGGUGGUGGUGACUGACAGUGGUGAAGGGCCCGGAACUGACUUCAUUCUCAGCUCCGAUGCCUUCGCCAAAAUGGCAAAACAUCCAAAGCUAGCUCACAUGUUGUUCCCAAAGGGAGUGGUUGAUGUUGACUACAAAAGAGUUUCUUGCAAAUAUGGCAAUCUCAAAAUCAAAAUCAAUGAACAUAGCAACUAUCAUGGCUACCUUGCUAUAAUUCCAUUUAACAAUGGUGGCUAUGCUGAUAUCAUGGCAAUUGAGAUCUACGACGCAAAAACCUACAAAUGGAUACCAUUGAGAAGGUCAUAUGGAGCAGUUUUUGAUUUGGCAAAUCCACCAAAGGGAGAUUUAAAAAUAAAGAUCCAAAUAAAAGAAGGUGAAAAGAUCAAAUGGAUUUACUCUAACAAAGUUGUGAUCCCAUAUUACUGGAAACCUGGAUCUGUUUAUGAAACUGAUAUUCAAAUUCCUUGAACAAAUAUAUAUUUGUUCAAGAAAAGUGUGACAUAAAAUUAUCAAUUUCUAUAUUAUGGUUUGAGGUCAAAUGAAGUUUAAUUUGUCUAGGGAUAUCAUCAGCCAUUGUGGUUUUAUGAACCAAAUGUUGUGUGUUAAUAUUUAAUAAGGCUGAUCAAAUAAAUUAGUGUAUUAACUCUUGUAAAGAAUAUUAUUUAUAAAAAUUGUGGUAUAUUAUUGUGU